ACAAAGUUAAACUAUUUCGGUCACUCUGAAACCUGAGUAAGAGUAGGAUUUUCCCUUUUCUUUUCUUCAAGAGCAGAGUUACACUGAGAACGUUUCAGUGGAUAAUAGCCAUAUUUACAACUUCGGAUCAGAUGUCUUCAAAAAUCAUACCAUAAAUCAAAUUAAUUCAAGCAUAAACAAACAUCUGUGACUGACGUAGCACGCUUCAAGUAGCUAAUGCCUCAGUCAAUGUUAUUCAUUUUGGGACCGACUGAGAGAAAGCAGAAUCAAAAUGAAGAAGUUACUUGUGUUUAUUUUUCUUUUGGUCCUCCUUACCACUUCUGCAGAUGCUUCACCGAUUUUCACUGAAAAAGAAGCCAAACAGAUUUUGAGGACCCGUCGUGAAGACAGACCAAGAAAAGCUGGUUUUCCUGAUGAGCCAAUGAGGGAGCACAUGCUUUACCUGCAGCGCUUGGAGCAGAGAUCGGAAGAACAAUUCCUUGAACACUGGUUAAAUCCACACUGCUUCCCACAUUGCAACCGGGACUUAGUUUAUCCAGUCUGAAGGCUCUGAUUUUUCCUCGUCAAUGAGAUCGCCACAUGCAUUUGAGAGAAAAAGAUGUGUGAUUCUGCUAACAGAAAGUGCCUCAUUCAAUAUCUGCUAAAUACUAACUGUAGAGCUGAGCAUCUCUGGAAUAUUGUACAAUCCUAGGGAUGCGGCAAAGCUUUCCUUUUCAAUGAUAGAUUUUAAAAAUAUCUUUGUUUCAUUAUAUUAACUAAAUCACUAUGAAUCUUCAAACAAUAGGAAAACUAAUGCAUGAGUAAAAGACACUAUGGUUCCCCUCCAAGAUUUAAAGAAUGGGCUGGAAUAAACCACCAGCUAGCCUUAGAACAUACUUAUUUUGGGUACUGUUUUAGAUUACAUUGAAGCACAGAGAGUCUUUAAGGGAAAGGAAGGCGAAGCUGCCACUCUUUAGGUCCUUGGAGGAAACCAUAAUUAUAGCAUCUCUGCAGUUUUAAUAAUAAGAGUACUAUACUUAAGCUCAAUAUGUAUGCAGCAUUAAUCUUUUAUGUUAAUUGCCUUCUGAGCUUUUUCACCUCUCAUUUCAUAAUAAAGGCUUGAAUCAAAUCCA